UGAGUGUUUGUCAUCAUAGUUAACUCAUUGGCUGCCAAUGACGUCUAUCGACGUCAACUAGGUUUUUCAACAGGGCGGGCUAGGAGGCAGUCUGGUGGACCUUGUGUGUAAGAAUCAUCCUCAUAUCUGCAUUAAAAAUGAGGAAGAACGGAGAAGACAGCGAGAAGACAGAGGAUUGGAAAAAAGGAGAAUAUUGGAAAGAGUAUCAAGAGGACGGUGAGGAUUGUAAAUGCGGAAGGUGGCGUUGGAAAGACGGAGAGGAUCGACAGAAAAAUGGCGCAAUGUUUGAAAACAGACAAGUAUAGGCAGCUCACACUCGAACAGAGCAUGUGUCACCGUGGUAGUUCAUCUAGCAAGAGAGUCGCGAUCGUGAGAAAAGAUGGCGGAGAACAUGGAGAAGAGCUGCAAGUGAAGCCACGGAGACAACGGACGCCAUCUAAAAAACACACCGACGAACAACCCGGACCGAGCGGGGAAGCUCGGCGAAGCUUGCGGUACCUUUCUGCUUCACCACAGCCCAGCCCAGCCAACGAGUCCGGGUCAGCUGCGAACCUGACCCGGAUUCGUCAGAUGAGUGGUUGCUGUCCGGAUCCACCGCGAGCAGCAGAGCCUCAUCCCCAGACGCGCAUGAAAUACACAAAGGAGGUUGUGCAUCGAGCAGAGAUCCCACGCCCACUCCUGUUGGCAGUGCGAAGAAGAAAGGUUUAAAAAAAAAAAAAAAGUAUUUUUCUCCACAAAACACCGCAGAAAUAAAAAUGUAUUUUUAUGGUAAUUGUAUAUAUUUCUAUAAUUUACAGGUGGUGCACUGAGCAGUGGUCAUGGGCAAGGAGGUGGCAAGCUGCCCUCAGCUGCAGAUUCUGGCUGGCAUGAGGGGGACUGGCAACCAAAUAAAGUCCCCUUCUCUGCAACCCCUGGACCCCAGAACGCUGCCGCGGAGCUGGAUUCCAACCUGCCAGCUGACUUCCUGGAGCUCUUCCUGACUGAUGAGCUGCUCCAACUUAUUGUGGAACAGACCAACCUGUACGCAAGUCAGUAUAUUCAAGCACACCCUGACAGCCUACCAUAUAGUAGAUGUAAUGCGUGGAAACCAGUGUCUGUCCCAGAACUGAAAACCUUCUUUGGACUCAGUUUUCUCACUGGAUAUGUCAAAAAGCCAAACCUUGAACUAUAUUGGAGUGUAGAUGAGGUAGAUGCAACACCCUAUUUCAGCCGUACUAUGUCAAGAAAUAGAUUUCAAUUUAUAUGGAAGCUCCUUCAUUUCAACAAUAAUUCAUCACAGGAUGGGACUGACAGAAUGUGCAAAGUCCACCCAGUGUUAGAUUAUGUUGUGGAAAAGUUCAAGGAAAUGUAUCAGCCAGGGCAAAACAUUUGCAUAGAUGAGGGUAUGAUGCUGUGGCGGGGGUGCCUGUCUUUCAGGGUGUACAACCCACAAAAGCCCAUGAAAUAUGGGAUAAAAUCCUAUAUAUUGUGCGACUCUGCCACAGGGUACUUCUUCAAUAUGCGGCCUUAUGUCGGGGAAACUAGUACUCUGCCAGAGAUAGUUUUCACUCUCCUUGAUCAUCUUCCAGGUCAUGGUUAUACAUUGUAUAUGGAUAAUUUCUACAAUUCCACAGAACUGUGUGAGCGUCUCCUGAGAGUACAGACCAAUGUCUGUGGAACACUGAGGAAGAAUAGGGGGGAACCUAAGAUCAUCAGGGAGGUGACAAAGACUGACCUGGGGGGGGUUGUGCUGCAAAAUAAAAGGGUGAUGGUAGUAGCAUGGCGGGACAAACAGUUGGUGAAGAUGGUGACAACCUGCCACCAAGGGAGGAUGCAGAGUGAUGUGUGGCAGAGGGGAAAUAAAGAAAAGGUUUCUCUGCUAAAGCCAGAAUUUGUUGUUGCGUACAACUCCUCCAUGAAUGGGGUGGAUAAGUUAGACCAGAACAUCGCAUACUACCCUUUCAUCCGGAAGUCCCUCAACUGGUCCAAGAAGUUUGUAGCCUAUCUCUUUCAAAUAUGCAUGUUUAACGACUAUGUCCUCUACAGGGCUAGAAACCCAGGGGAGUGUAAGACUCUCUUGGAGUUCAUGCGAAGGGUAGUGAAGUCCUCUAGUAGGCUAGAUGGACAGAUAGGAACACACCAACUUGAACUCCUGCAGUCCACCAGCAGGAAGUCGAGACCAGCAAGAAGGUGUAGGGUGUGUACACGCAGGGGCCAACGCAGUGAGACCAAAAUGUGGUGCAAGUCCUGUUUUGUCCCUUUGCACGCAGGAGAAUGUUACACAGCUUAUCACACUAAGCUGAACUAUUCUGUGUAGGGGUAUAAGCACACACACACAUGCACACCCCCACAUGCACACACACAUGCCCACACACCCCCACACACACACACACACACACACACACACAGCAUGGAUUCGCUGUAGCUGCGACAGCAUACAUCCUGUACAAAGGUUCAUGAAUUUUGUCAAAUGUAAAAAUUGUUUCAUUUUGUAAUUUUCUUGAUGAAAUUAUUGCUCCACCUAUGGGUGAAUCAAGGUUAU